AUGUCUCAAUAUAUUGGGAAGACCAUUUCCUUGAUCUCUGUUACAGAUAAUAGAUAUGUCGGGUUACUAAAAGAAAUUGAUUCAGAAAAGGGUACCGUCACAUUAAGUAAUGUUCGUUGUUUUGGUACGGAAGGUCGUAAGAAUUGGGGACCAGAAGAAAUUUUUCCUAAUCCUACUAUAUAUCAAAGUGUUCAAUUCAAUGGGAAUGAUGUUAAAGAUUUAAGUAUCCUUGAAGUAAGAUUAGAAGAUGUUCAUCCUAUUUUACCACCAACUGCUAAUCAAUUGUCAAUUGUUUCUCCUCCUUCUGCUUCUACCACAAAUGCUACUGCUUCACAACAACAACAACAACAACAAAGUCAAAACCAAAAUUCUGCAAACAACGUGGAACAAACAUCUGGUAGUAAGAAUAUCCCCGCUGCAGUUGCUGGGUAUGGGGUUUAUGCACCAACACAUACUAGUGAAACAGAAGCAACUAUUAACACCACUAGUGCUAGAUUAAAAAGUAAUGAUAAUAAUGUAGUGGAUGAUACACCUCAGGAUAAAAACAUUGAUGUCACUACAGAUUCUGCAAAUGUUAAUUCUGAUGCACCUGCUGCUUCAAUUGAACAUACUUAUAAUGCUCAACAACGUCAACAACGUAAUCAUUACUCCCAUUCUCAUUCUUAUCGUCCAAGAAACCAAAAAAUUGAAAUUCCAAAUAGUGAUUUUGAUUUUGCUUCUAGUAAUGCAAAAUUCCUGAAGGAAAAUCCUACUAUGGCAUUAGAUAAACAAGAAACUAGCCCAGAUAAUAAUGAUAGUGAAUCAACCGUAGAUUCUUCUAAAGAAGAAACCUUCUAUAACAAGAAGUCAUCCUUCUUUGAUACUAUUUCAACAUCUGCUGAGAUUAAUACCAAUAUGAGGUGGCAAGAAGAGAAGGAAUUAAAUAUGGAUACCUUUGGUCAAGUAUCUAUUAGGCCAAGAUUCCAUAGUAAUAGAGGAAGAGGUAGGGGGAAUUACAGAGGAAGAGGUAGAGGAAAUUAUAGAGGAAGAGGUAGAGGUGGUAGUAAUAACAAUAAUAGUAAUUAUAGAGGCGGAUACCACAAUAAUAAUUAUAGAAACAACAAUAAUGGUGGAGGGUUUCAUAACAAUUUUGAUCAAAGUAAUCAAGUGCCAUCUUUUCAAAAUCAACCUUCUGUUGAAUUUUGA